AUGAAUCGGAAUCUAGUCCCCUCAAUCACAUCCCCGCGAAGAGAGGAUAUACGGUCUCGAGAAACAUCCUCGGUAUACUCUUCUCCUAUCGCUCCCUCAUCCCAAGCAGGGCUUUCUCCUAUUGGUCUGGGGAUCUCCCGCUGCGAAUUCGAGAACACAUACGGUCAACUAAGCGUCUUCCCUCCCACGCCUACACUGCCAUCACAACUAAUCUCUGGGGCGCCCACUCCUACCUUCGCAUUAUCCUAUGACGACUAUUGCAGCGGAACAGAUUAUCCACCAGUUUACAAUGGCCUCGUCAGCAGUGCUUCGGAGACUUCGCUGGGAUUCUACAGCCCCCCGGCGAUGAGUGCAUCUCCCAGUUACAACCCUACCAUGGAGGUUGUCCCUGGUCAGAAUGUCUUUCCUGGCCAAAUGACCGACAUUUGGAUGCACACGCCUUGCUCGGGCUCGACGACGCCAUCGGAUGUUACUUCGGUCACUGUAGCGAGCACAGCCGCAGGACCCUGCGGGCAGAGUGUCUUUCCAGAUGCGUGCAUUUCCUCAGCAAUGCCCCUAUUUCUAGUCAACAAAGUCUCCUACCUUGGGGAUAUGGGAGAGGAGAUUGGAUACGACAGAUCCCCCGGCCAAAUAAUCAACACUGGCCAAGUGAUGCUGCAACCGCAAGCAUCUGUUGCAGGGACUGAUACUCUCACCAAUUUGAGCAAAAGAGAGCGCGGCUCCUCCAACGACAGGCUUUUGUCUGCCAGUGGCCUGGAAUGUCCCAUCUGUGGCGCCAAAUUCACUCGACGCUCCAACUGCAAGGAGCACCAAAAGAUGCACAACCCUGACUGGAAGAACAAUCAUCCGUGCGAUGACUGUCACAAGACUUUUGGCCGAAGCUCUGAUCUCAAAAGACACAUGAACACCGUCAGUAGUAAGAUCAGAGGAGCUCAAGAAGCAGAUACUAACGCAGGCCUCUAG